CAUCCCCAAGAGGCCAAGAGCUCGCAUUUGGCUCCCACGUGUGCAGAUGGAUAGCGCGGCACUUCUAAAAUACCUGUGCACACACAACCGCGAAAUCCCGAUAAACGACUGGGUGAUCCUUAAGGCUGAGGAGUCACAAACAACCUGUAUGUCCUUCUUACACCUCUUUGGUGAGGAAAGCAUCGAGCCUUUGGAAAAGGCCGACUGUGUCCUUCGCUCUGGUAUCCGGCGAGCCAAAAUAAAAAUUUUCCUUGCGAACAAUGGUGAAGAAGAAGAGUCUGACGUGGUCGACGAUGCAAAUAAGCCGCUGGAAGGCAUGCUGCUCGCUGACCCAACUGCUGACCCAAAUUGAAAAUGGGUCUGAAGGUUGUCCAGAUUACCCUCCAGCACUAGAGGCUGGUGGAGGAAGAUGUCGACAUCGCACUCAUUUAGGAGCCCUGGGUAUGGAACACCGAGGUUAAUCGGAGGCUCAUCGGAUCUAACAACUACGAGACUCGAAGCGGAUGGUGGUACUAGCAUGGUCAUCGCCUCGUGCUACAUGCCACACAACGAGGACGCACUACCGGAUGUGAUUCGUUGUCUAGUGGUGAAUUUUCAAUCGGACAAUCUACUUAUCGGGUGCGAUUUCAACUCCAGGCAUUCGAUCUGGGGCAGCUCGGAAAUAAAUACUCGCGCACUCCUACGUUCACGUUUUCUAGCACCGCUGCCUUCAGGGGCUGGGAAGAAGUGUUUUACAUAACUCUAACUAACGAUUGUAGUAGCAGAGGUAGCAUUAAGGUGGACAACUGGAUGGUAUCUGCUCGGAAAUCAAUUUCUGAUCAUAGCUACAUACUGUUCAACUUAUCGGUUAGCCAGAAUGUUUCCCUUCCUUUUCGUAACCCAAAGAUAAAAAACUGGCGGCGGUUUGCCAGUGUUGUCAGUAGCAAACUUGGGAAACAUCACAAUCAGGGGCGCACCCAGGAAU